AUGAUCGCAGAACGAGGAAAUGAGCUCAGUAAUACUUUCUCUGUCCCACUCCGAGAAGACAUAAUUUCGGUGGGAAGUUCCGUCGCGUUUGAUGAAUUGAGAGGAAACUCAUGGUGUUACGAGACGGGAGUCGUAACGUUUCUCACGGAUUAUGUUGCCCGUGUCUUCGUUACACACGGGGAUAUUCAGGGUAAUAAGGAGCAGAGACUUGAAGGAUACAAGAGUCGACUCCUCGAGCUCUGCGAAGAACUCCAACGUGGGAGAGCUGCCAUUGAGAAGGAGCGCGCCGCCGCAAUACAACGGCAAAUUGCACGGGCUCAGCAGAUGGUGAAAGGAAUCGAAGGCGCCUGUUUUCGAGAAGUCCAGACAUAUACAACACCCCCAGUUGUUGUUGAAAAAAUACUAAACGAUGUCCUGGAAAUUCUGGGAGCUCGUCCUCAUCCUUAUACUUGGUCUGCGGUUCAAAGCGUCAUCAGGCGCUCGGGGUUUAUUUCGCUUGUGUCGGAGUUCGACUCUUCAAAAUUAUCCCUGAAGCGCCGAACAGAACUUAUUGAACGCUGCAGUAGUAUGAAUAUCAGCAGUGAAGCUGCCCACAAGGCUUCGCGAGCAGCGGGGCCACUUCACAAUUGGGUACAGGCACAAUUAAAAUUUUUUGCUGCGGGAAAAACACCAAACGAUAUACUCGAUUCCCAAGCUCGUGAACAAGUAGAGCGCCUCGUCCGUGAGAUUGAGGAUGUACAGCGCCACAUUCAUGCGCUCGAGAGUGACACAGAUGAAGAUGUGCCAAUUCGUUCAGAGGAAAAAACAAUUCUUUCUUCUUCUAUAAUCACGGGGCUUCCAACGCCGUAUAACGUCGCAAAAUUAGCUGCGAUUCAUCGACCGGAGUUGCUCGAGUACAUUUCAUCGCAUCGUGGCGAGGGUGGGCGCGACAGCACGCGUCGGGCUGGCGAAUUGGGCUCCAGCUCUUCUCCGUAUACCGAGCUUCAGAAAAAGCACGAAGACCUUGCAGAGGACCAGAAAAGUCUUCGGAUGAAGGAGGAGAAAGAAAAGGUAAAACAGGAUCAAGAAAACAUUGAGCUUCACCAACUAUUGCAGAGCGUUCAGGUUGAAAAUGAGGCGCUCAUCCAGCAACUCCACGCAUGUGAAAAGGAGAAGAUGCUUGUUGAAGCACGACUCAAGGAUGCACUGAAUACUGAAAANGAACACCAAACACAGCUUGAGGAAAUUCUUGACAUGCUUAACCAAAUUCAACACUCCAAUGAGGCUCUUGAAAAAAAACUUACGGACCUUGAUGCCAACAAGUCUAAAAUUGAGCCGGAACUAAGUCAUGUAAAACAAAUCAACAGUGUACUUCAAAUAACAAUUCAGGGUAUCAUGCGACAAGAAGCGUCUCCGGAAACACGCGGCAUACCGGAUGCACUCCACCGCCCCGCCGCGGAUUUUGGGCAAAAUCCCUUUGCUUUAAGUCAUAUGUCUAUGUCAGACGAGUGGAAGCCAAAUGAAGCACGGUGUGAAAUUCCUCUGCUUCAGAGGGACGAUUCUGUGUUGUCCGAAGACGCAGUGGUGCACAGCCUGGAGUGCGUGACGACUCGUCAUCACAUCUGCCUUGAUGGCGACGAUUGGGAGUCUGUCAUGCGAGCUUGCCCACACGAGCUUCGCCAGAUGCUUACCCGUGAUCUGACUGAGUGUUGUGGAAAGAGUCCAGGGCGUGUGUUGGAGGUGAAGUGCAUCGUAGGUAAGCUACACGCCGAAUUCGAUGUGACCCAUAGCACGGACUGUAACUCAGCUGAAAUCGAUCGCCUAUUAUCUAUGUACUCAUUUUGCUUGACGAAUCAGCUAUACGACAGACAUCACAGGGCGAAAGUCGGACUUGGCAAGGCAAACGAGGAAUUUGACCAGCUUCGAAGUGCACUUGCGGAAUAUGAACACGAAGCAAAUUUAGGCAAGACUGAAGUAGAGGAACUGUCCCAUUCCAAAGAGAAGAUCGAAGCUCAAUCGGAUAGCUCGCGCCGUUCAGGAGAGGAGACUGAACCUCAGCCGAAAACGGCGCGGUCUAGCGGCGACUCCCCUCAUCAACGCGAACUCACAAAAACGCAAUGCUGCAGAAUUCUACCGUCAAAGGAGUUGAGCCAUGUAGAGGAGCACGGCGUAAUGAAGCAAGACGAAGAAGAAAAAGAAAGGCCUGUGAAGACAACUGCGGCACAACCGGGUAAUCCGCCCUGCGGACCUAAAAUAGAGGGGGCGCCUCGGAGACAGGCGAAGGCAUUCGCGGCUGAAGUCUCUCUGCGGCAGGAGCUCGAGAGCCUGCGCCGUUUCAUAAAUGAUUUGCAAAGCGAGCUGGAAACUCUGCGAGCAAGCGGUGUAGAGCGAGAAAGCGACCUUGCAAAAAAGCAACGAAAAGUCGCCGUACUUCAGGCAAGUCUUGACAAAGCAACCGCAGAAGAAGCUGAACUACGGAAAGAAAACGCGCAUCUGCGGUGUCUUGUGGACGAGCUGCAGGGCGAGCGGGCGACUGUUCGAAUAAGCGACACUGCAGGGGAGAGUGACUUAUGGGAGCGUCAGCGUGCAACGACAGAGGUUGACGUUGACAUUGACGAAGUUGCAGUAGUCGAGGGUGCCCUGGAGCACCAGCUUGAGGUGGAAAAGGAACUGCAAUGUGCCAACAAAGACCUGGAUAAGACCGUGCAAUACGCUGAACGUGAAACUAGAGCCAGAAAAGAAAACAUUGACAUAUUCAAGAGGUCGGGUGAUGAUAAAGGAGAUGAUGCCGCACUGCAGGAGGAAGUAAAAAUGCUUCGCCUAGCCAAAGAGGAGCUCGAGGCGGCACUUGAAGGAAAAAAUGCUGUUGUUCUUGAUCGUGUAAGCAAAGUCGAGGAAAAGCAAAACGAGCUUGCUCUGCUUCAAGCUCAGCUUGAUGAAGUUACAGCUGAGAGUGCCGAUAGAAAGCGGGAGCUUGCGGACCUUGCCCGUGCAAAGGAUGAGCUUGAGACAGAGGUGAAAGCCCUACGUCUCACCAAUCUUAACGUGGAGACAACUCAUCCCACAAGCGUCUCUCUAAGACAUGGUCUGGAUACGCGUCCCUACGACACCCACGAGACCAGAUCGGAAAUAGAAGCACCACUUCACAAAGCUCAGAUACUUGAAGCAGAGCUCCGGGACUUACGAGAGAGGAGUCAAUACGCUAAAGAACCCCACGAAGCCCAUGCAACGUCAAACGUCGGGGUUAAGCCACUUCGAAGCCCCGAUGAAGUUCUUUCAACGGAAAUAAACAGAGCAAGUCUUGGUUCUGAGCAGCUUGAGGGGCCGCGACGCACACAUACGGCACUGCUAGAGGAAGCGGAUUCGUCGUGUCCCACUACCGGUGAAUGUGAGGUGUUACAAAGAUCUGAAAGCAUACUAGAGAAAGAACUAGAGAUGUUGCGGCUCAUCUGCGAUGAUAUUCGAAGGGAAGUACUGGUGCUGCGUCGCUCACAAACGCAGCAGUUGGAAACCUUCAGUUCACUUGGACUCAUUGCUGAGAAGCUUGAUGCCAUAUGCCGCCACGGCCAGGAACUCCAAACAGAUCAUGAGAGUCUUCGACAAAUAAGUCAGAACCUUAACUUGGACUUACAAACCCUGCAACCAAGCUAUUCAGGUUCUGCGACAAUGACUCCCUCAAGGGAAACAAGGGGAACAGAUCUACGAUUGCCAUGCCCGGAUACAGACAGCCAAGAAACCAAUCAGCUUCACAAUGAAGAAUUUACUCGACAACAAAAUCCUCUUUCUCUAACAGAAGAAGGUGCGGCAAAUAUGGAGAGACCAUUGAAAACGGCACAACAAACUCAAGAAGAUGUACAAAGAUUGCCAGUUACCAGCGAUGAACGAGAACACUUAAAACAACCACCGGAGGAGACAGAAAAACAGGUAGACGAAUUCCGUCUAGAGAAGGAAAUCUUUGAAGAGAUGCAGUCGGAGCUGGAGGCACUGCGCGGCACAGAGGAGAAGUAUAAGGAGCAGUGCCACUCCAUGGAGGAGAUGCAGUCGGAGCUGGAGGCACUGCGCGGCACAGAGGAGAAGUAUAAGGAGCAGUGCCACUCCCUGGAGGAGCUGCAGUCGGAGCUGGAGGCACUGCGCGGCACGGAGGAGAAGUAUAAGGAGCAGUGCCACUCCAUGGAGGAGAUGCAGUCGCAAUUGGAGGCACCUAGGAAGCAAGAGAAGGAAUUUGAAGAGCAGACGCACUCUAUGCAGGAGCUACUGUCUGAGCUGAAGGGCCUUCGUAAACGAGAGAAGG